GGCUUAGGGAUUAGCCCAAAAAAUGAGGAUCGAUAUCGAUACACUCAAGGAUCAGCCCAAAAUUUGGAGGAUCAGGCUGAUCUUCUAAAUUCGUGAGGUCUAGUAAAAUUACGAGGAUUAGGCGACAUCAGCGCCAGUGUUGAAAAUAAAAAGCUUCACUUUGGGUGUUUUUGGGUGCUUUUCGAAAUGUCAAUUGUUACAAAAAAUAUGGAGGGUGGUGAAAGUCAAUUAUCGCAAAAUCCUAAAUCACGGAAAGAUUGGAGUGACGGGGAGGUCAGGAUGUUUAUCUCCAUAUGGAGGGAUCAUCAUUACGACCUCCGCAGACAGAAAAGGCAUCGAAAAGUCCAUCAAGCGAUGUCUGAAGAACUCAAGAAAAAUGGUGUCAAUAAGACCGAGAAUGAAGUGAAAACUAAAAUAAAAAAUAUGACUGCUCGAUAUAGAGAAGAGAAGAGGAAAGUAGGCACUUCCGGGGGAUCUCCAUCCACUUGGGCUUUCUACGAAGAAAUGAACAGUCUUAUUGGAAAUCUUCCAGUAAAUGAUGAAAAUCUGGUAGACGAAGGUAAUAUCAUCAUGUCCUUGAGUGAUUCAUUGGCUGGAAAUGAAGAGGAAAUAGCCAGUUCAUCAAUCCAGGCCCAGGGACACCCAAAUCCACGUCGAUCUCGCAAAAGAAAGCUAAUAAACGUUCAAGAGGAAAUGUUGCAAGAGAUAAAACGUUCCAAUGAAGCAGCAGAAAGAAACGAUGAGAUAGCAAAUGCACACAUGAAGGAAUCCAAUAGGAUUGCCCAGCAACAGAUCGCAUUUAAUGAGAAAUUACUUGCCAGACUAUUUCCUGAAUAAAAAUUGAUUUGUAAUUACAAAAAAAAAACAUCCUGUUAGCGAUAUCGGUGACAAUAAUAAAAUAUAUUGAAGUAUAGUAAGUAAAUUUUAUUCAUUAUUUUCAUCCAGACGUCUAUCCCGGGCCCAAAGGUAAUCAGCAAUUGUAUUGCGGACAGUUAUUCCAUCACCUGUUGGUGCUCGCAUUGUGACAUGGACAGGCUGUUCUCGGUUCUCCAAUUGUUCAGAACUAGCCACAUCAAAUUCCUCAUUCAA